AUGAAGUCAUUUCAAUUCGCUCGUCGCAGGGCGUUGCAAAGCCUCGUCGCACCGCGUGCCUUUCAAUCUCCCGCAACGGCUCAGUUAUGGAAGAGAUGCUUCAGUGCUACUUCAGCUGCUGCCUCCCAACUAGCCCCCCUUGACCCCUCGAAACUUACCGUCUCGAAGACGACUACUCCUAAGGAAUUGACUGCCCCGAAGGACUUGGUCUUUGGCAAGACUUUCACCGAUCAUAUGCUGUCGAUUGAAUGGACCGCGACGGAGGGAUGGCACUCCCCCCAGAUUGUUCCGUACCAGAACCUCAGUCUCGACCCGUCGGCUUGUGUUUUCCACUAUGCGUUCGAGUGUUUUGAGGGUAUGAAGGCCUACAAAGACGAGUCUGGUCAGAUCCGCUUGUUCCGUCCCGACAAGAACAUGGCGCGCUUGAACAAAUCCUCGAAGCGCAUUGCUUUGCCUUCCUUUGAUGGCGAGGCCCUCACCAAGCUGAUUGGAGAGUUUGUGAAGCUGGACAGCAGGUUCAUCCCAAGUGAGCGGGGCUACUCACUGUACUUGCGGCCCACGAUGAUUGGAACUCAAAAGACCCUCGGUGUGGGACCCCCGGGCUCUGCUCUUUUGUUCGUGAUUGCAAGCCCGGUUGGCCCGUAUUACCCUACUGGCUUCAAGGCCAUUUCGUUGGAGGCUACCGACUAUGCUGUCAGAGCCUGGCCUGGUGGUGUUGGCGACAAGAAGCUGGGUGCCAAUUACGCCCCCUGCGUUCUCCCUCAGCUGGAAGCGGCGUCCCGUGGCUUCCAGCAGAAUCUGUGGCUCUUUGGAGAGGAAGAAUAUAUUACUGAGGUCGGCACCAUGAACCUUUUCGUUGCCUUGAAGAACAAGGAAACUGGCCAGAAGGAACUGAUCACUGCGCCUCUGGACGGAACGAUCCUCGAGGGUGUGACCAGAGACUCCGUGCUGGGGCUGGCCAGGGAAAGGCUGGUGCCCAAGGGCUGGAACAUCUCCGAGCGUAAGCUCAAGAUGUCCGAAGUCGCCGAAGCGGCCGAGGAGGGCAGAAUGAUCGAGGUGUUCGGUGCCGGUACCGCAGCUAUUGUCAGUCCCGUGCGGACAAUCAGCUACCGGGGUAAGCUGGUCGACUGCGGCCUGAAGGAAACUGAGGAAGCAGGCGAAAUUGCUCUUCAGAUGAAGAACUGGAUCGAGGGUAUCCAGUAUGGUGAUGAGAGUCACCCUUGGAGCUAUGUCCUCUAA